AGUAAGUGUGUUCGUGCGGACUGUAACCGGUGGCGUGGAGACCGGGCCGCGUGGGGAACAUCGGAGACACCCAAAAAAUUGGAUUUACAAGUACUGUCAACUAAACACGCAAGAGGGAAAAAUAAUUUAAAGGAGCCGUUUUCUCAUUUAAAAAUUCCAUGGCAGGAACAAUUGAUCAAGCCAAAAUGAAGUUUUCGAGAAUAGUCAACAGUCGCUCAUACACCCUGUUUAAUCAAUCUCAGAAUCCUGAUGGAGAGAGCAGCCGUGUGGAGGUGAAGCUCGCUGUGGAUGGUGAGGAGGAAAUGGACGAAACAGAACAAGGACACAUGCGACGUGAAACGUACACAAGAUCCAGUCGUUCUGCGCCGUGGAACAAGAGGAGGAUUCUGGUUUGGGUGUGUGGAGUGCUGGUCGUCUUCUGUGUGGGUAUACUCAUCGGAUACUCUACCCACCGUGAGUCUGAGCCGCCUUCCUGCUCUGCGGAAAAGACUGUGACCCAAAAGCCAGAUUUUGAAACUGUGCCUAAUGAAGAGGUUUAUGUACCUGCUUUGGAUUGGAGUGAUCUUGUUGGACUUCUGAAUGAUAAGCUGUCAUCUAAAGCAAUUGAAGAUAAUUUAAGUGAGUAUUCCCAGGGGGGCCGUGAAGCAGGAUCAUAUAUGGAUAACAAGUUAGCUGAUAAUAUCCAUAAUACUUUCACACAACUGAAUAUGAACCCCUGGGUUGACGAACAUUUUGUGAAGCUACAGUUUCUUGACCGCUCCAAACCAAACAAAGUGUUGUUUGGGUCAAAGGAGAUUGGACCUACAGCUGGCUUCCUGGCUUACAGUGAAACAGGAACUAAAGAGGGCAGAGUGGUAUACGUCAACUAUGGUGAGCUUUCUGACUUGCAGACUGUUCAGAAUGGAAAAUAUGGACUGAAUCUAAAUGGAUCUGUUCUACUGAUGAGAGCUGGAAAAAUCAGCAUGGCACAGAAGGUUAUGAAUGCAGCUAAAAUUGGUGCCGUAGCAGUUCUGAUCUACCCAGACGCAGCUAAUUAUAAAACAAUAUCUGAGACUACUGCUCUCUAUGGUCAUGUCCACCUGGGAUCAGGUGAUCCUUACACCCCAGGAUUCCCAUCCUUUAAUCACACACAGUUUCCUCCUGCCAAGUCCUCUGGUCUUCCAGGAAUACUCGCCCAGACAAUCACUGCUAAAAUGGCAGAAACCAUCUUUAAAAACAUGGGAGGAGAUGAUGCUCCUGAAGAAUUUAGGGGUGCCUUACCCAGAUACAAGUUGGGAAGCCAGAGUGACAAUGUAACUGUAGAAGUCAAUAAUAAGCUUGCUGAGACCAAGAUCCACAAUGUGUUUGGAGUCAUCAAAGGAUACGUGGACCCUGAUCGUUAUGUCGUGAUUGGAGCGCAGAGGGACUCCUUGACCAAUGGAUAUGCCAAAUCUGCUGUUGGCACUACUCUUCUGAUGGAGCUUGCGAGGGUUUUCACUGAGUUGAAGAAAGAUGGUUUCAAACCAAAAAGAAGCAUUGUGUUUGCCAGCUGGACCGCAGGGGAUUUUGGUAACAUCGGAGUUACUGAAUGGCUUGAGGGAUACUGGUCAUCACUGGACAGAAAAGCCUGUACUUAUAUCAGUUUGGAUGGUGUUGUUACUGGUGCGGGCUCUUUUAGAGCUUCUGCCAGUCCUUUGUUGCACACCCUUCUGCAGAAAACUCUGGAAAAGCUCAAAACCCCUGGGUCAACUUCAAGCCUUCUCCAGAGUUACGGCGGUGUUUUGUCAAAUCUUCUGACACCCAUGCAGAUGGAUGAUGGUGCAUAUCCUUUCCUGGCCCUCUCUGGAAUCCCAUCCGUGUCUUUCAGUUUCGUCUCUUCUCCAGCUAAUGCUGAAGAGUAUUUAGGAACAGACCUAGAUGAAAAAGAUCAUCUGGACCGCUUAACCAGUCAGAAAGUGCUUGAGUUGUCCAUGCUUGCUGCUCAGGUUGCUGGGCAGAUUGCACUCCGUCUCGUCCACGACCACAUCCUCAGACUAGAUGUUACCAAGUAUACUGAUGUGAUCACAAACCAUGUGAAUGCCAUCAUCAAGCACGUUGAUGCUCUCAAAAAAACCAAGGUUGAUAAAAUUGACUCUUUAUCGACGCAAUGGCUGAACAGCGCAAGGGGCUCCUACAGUCGUGCUGCGACCUCUCUAAAUGUCGACAUAAAGAAUACCGACACGAAUGACAUGGAGAUGUGUCGCAUAAUCAAUAACCGCAUAAUGAAGGUGGAGCAUAAUUUCCUCUCUCCGUACUUCUCUUUGAGAGACGUCCCAUUCCGCCACAUUUUCUUUGGCUCUGGGGGGCAAACCGCCACAGACCUGGAAAAGUACCUUGGUGAUGUAGUUGAAAGCAAGGCAAGCUUCAACAUUGACCAGGUCCUAAAUGAUUUCGCCCUACUCACCUGGACCAUCCAGGGCUGUGCCAAUGACCUGGCUGGUGAUAUCUGGUCCUUGGACAACGAGAUAUAGGUUUUCACCGUUGCCUCAACCAACUUUACAUCAACCAACGUCAUCGGUUUUGCUUGAAAAUGAUUAUAGAUACACAAAUAUAAUCCUGCCAGUAUGAAGUAGGAAUGAAUUUUGACCAAGCAUAUCUUUGAAAUUAAUGAUAUGACCGCUUUAAAUUAAACUGGAAGUUCUGUAACCAUAUUAAGAACUAUAUUGAGAUAAAUAAUAUAGAUAUCUCAUAUUGCGAAGUAUUUUUGCUGGACUAGAGUUAAAUUCAAUCAGAGCACAAGGUCAUCAACUUUGCUCCCCUGCAAAUUGUUUUAAGGUCCAUGUCAGGUUAAAUUUGCCUUUUCUGGUGGUAUGUUGAAGAUGUUUUUCUCAUCCAUCGUUAUCAGGUUGCACAUUUUGAGUAAAUUUUGUCCUCGGCUGCUACUUGGGAUUUUUAGUCCCUUUCGCACUUCAUUUAUAAUCCCAACUCAGCCUCUGUGACCAACUGAGGAUCAUACUGUAUUUAUUUCUAAUUUAUUUAUCAGUGACAGUGUUCACUAUAAAGUGUCUUCUCUUGUUUUUUUUUUUAAUUAUCGGAAGCAGUGCCUUCCAUAAUUGUGACGGUUAUACUGUCAGUUCUUAAAAGCAGCAUCUGCUAACAGAAAUGCAUGUUACCAACACCUGGCAUUAGAAAUGUCUCUUGUUACAGGUGCUUGAGGAAAUGAACUCAAAAGCACCUUUUUUUAUAUUAUGGAGCAGUUCCUGUUCUGUUUGAAGAAAAGCCCUAAAUUGGCAAAAUUGAAACCGGAAAUUGACAGUAUGGGCCGUUGAGUGAAAUUUGACAAAGUAUCUUUUUUUUUUGUUCUCGUUGGUCUGAAAUAAUUUGAUUCAAUUGGCGAAGCUAGUUUCCAUUUUGACCAAACUUGUGGGCUCAAGCAUUUUUGUGACAACAGCAUUUCUCUGUAACAUUUAUAUUUCUAUUCUAAAUCCAUUAUCGGGAGCAGUGUCUUCCAUAAUGUGCGUGUUCGAAGGUAGUUUUUGCCUACCGGCGUGUAUAUAUCGAGGACAGUGAUCCUCAUAUUUCACUGUAGGGUGGAUCGAAUUAUCGGGAACAGUGUUUCCCAUAGUUUAUGUAAAUAUUUAUUUUUCAUUAUGUGUUUUCGUGUGGCUUUUUUUCCUGCUUUGUUACUAUUACUGUAAUCUGGACAAGAUGUCAGUUACUGUACAUCUAGUCAUGACUUUUGUUUUAUUCAGGGUUAGUUUCUCUCUUAGUGUUUCACUGGGUUCUUGUUUCAUAUUGCACUUUUCUGGCCUGUUUCUGUUUCAAAACUAUUGAUAUUCAUUGUGUAAUUUCUAGAGGCUUUUGCAGAUAUUUGAAUAUUGGUUACUUAUUUCUGUACCUGUUCUUUUUUUCCUUUAAAGCAGGUGUUAGAAAUGAGGAUGUGGGCAUAACGUAUUGUAUAAUGAUGAGAAUAUGAUGUAUGGCUGCUUACUAAUAGCUUACUGCUGAUUUUACAUAAUGGUUUCAUGUUUGAACGCACUUCCGGACAAUUUUGGUGGACACGUUUUGUAAGGGUGUGCGUACUAGUCUGCAACUGUCUUUUCUCCUCCUUUACCAAAAAUACCAUGUUUGGUCUUUCAUAGCAUGUAGAAAUGCAUGAAAUAAAUCUAAACAAUCACAGAUUGAGAGAUUAAGAGCAAAGCAUCUGUUUCAAGCGUAACGUGAUGGCUAAAUAAUGUUACUAAACAUUUGAACUUGUGAGAAUGAACUCUUACUUCUAGACAAGCAUGUUUUGAUUUACCAAGUUUCUAUUUAUCAAAAUGAAUAGCAGGGAAAAUUGAUCAUUCAGACAUGUCUAGAUGUGUUGGGGUUAGAUCCAUUUAAUUGAUAUUGAUUGUUAGAACUGAAAUUUGUAUCCACUAUCUGUCAACCUUUGCUCUGUAAUAAACACUGAAAUUGGAAGUAUGUUUA